GGCUCUGGGCUUGGAGGGGGCACACUAGCAUGCGCGGGACGCUUGGGGACUGGAAGGGUGCGCCGCGGGGCAGACGGAACGUGCAGGGGGUCGCGCGGGCAAGAAGGGACUCAGACGCUCAGGACCCAAAGGGGAAGCACAGGCUGUGGCGUUGCGAGAGGAGGAAGACGCGCAGGGUAUGAACCUGGGCACGCUCAUCUCGGGGGACCUGAAGGAGAGGGACUCGUGGAGAGUUGAGGGGUGUUUUGGAGGCGAAACACAAGGACCGCGCACAGGACUUGAAGGACUACAGGAAGGUGGGGGACUCAGCCCAGCGGUCUCCUGCGCUGUGUCAGAGUGGAGUGGCUGGAGUCGCUGUGUGAAGCCCUGCCAGGCCUCCUACCAUGUAUGCCGGAGGCGUGUCCUGCAGAAGCUGAGGAAUGGGGGUGUUCCCUGCCCCCCGCUGGAAGAGCAGGUGGGCUGUGUGGAGUACUGGAGCCACCAGGGAGUGGAGUGCCAGCAGUCCUUGAUCCCUACUUUGAUAACCAGAGGCAGCUAUGGGAAAGAGCAGGAAAAGCAAGAUAUUCCCAAGAAACAGGCAACAGCAGGAACAAGAUGUUGCUGUGGCGAGCAGCCGGCCACUCCCGGUGCGGAGGGACCUGGGAGAAACUAGAGCAGCUCCGGCCUUGUUCCUGCCCUGUGGUCCACAGCCUUGUCUCCGUCUAGCAUCCAUGCCCCCUAACCAUCCAGAACCCCUCUUUCCAAAGCCUCUGGGAUGGCAGGGCGACUGCAGGGCUUGGGAUCCCACAGGACCAAUGAGUGGGGAGAAGUCUGCAAUUUUGAGACUGAAGGAACAAGGCUUGUCGUUACGUUGACACUGAAAAUAGCUUUAUGCUUCCACUCAGUGCCAGCUGAGUCACAGCCCUACUGACAUCUCCCGCCCUUCAGGGCUUCCCAAAUUUCAUUUCCCAAACACACGCUCCUGGCCUUUGCCCUAUCUAUUCUCCUUAUCGUACACUUGAUUUUUUAAUGAACUCUCUACUUCCUUCCUGCCCUCCCUCCCU